AUGCGUGAUUGUAUUUCAUAUGAUCACCCAGAUGGCCCUCAAGAAAGCGAGAUCUUUGCUCGCGCCAUUGUGCGUGGGGAUCUUGAGGCCGUAAAGGAUCACUUAUGUGCAGCCGUCGAUCCUAACUCAUAUAUCAUUGCUGCUCGAUACAUGCUUACCGAUCCCUCCAAAGGGGAACUCAGCAGCGACCUCCAACCCUGGUUGGAAUCUAUCAGAUCCAGCAAUACGGCGCUGAUUCUUGCAUUCGCCAGCGGUGUCAAUGAUACCAAGCUCGAGGGCUUCGCGUUUGCUCUUGGUUAUUGCACCUUAGAGACCAUGCAGGCUUUUAUAGAUGCAGGCAUUGAUUUAAAUAAAACGUCUUUGCUCGGGAACACCGUGGCGCAUGCAAUCGCCCUGCAAAAUUCGCAGGAGAUUUUCGAUCUGGUGGCACCCCACCUUACGCCGGAGACUAUGACGAGUAUCUCAAGCUUCUACCGUAUGCCACUGCAUAUGGCGCUAAAGCAACGAAGCCCGAAUCUCGUCAUGAGAUUCAUCGAUGCUGGUGCCGAUAUCAACCCUCUCGAUAGAAGGAUGGAUAUUGCUCUGUGGACUGCCCUCAAACAAGAACAUUUUAGAAUUGCACGCUUGAUUCUUGGGAAAUAUGCCAACAGUCCCCUGCAAGCAUAUAUAGGAGGGCGUGAGCUUCUGGCAGCAACCUCCACUGAGAAAUAUGAUAUUAUCCAAACCCUCAUGGACCGCGGCGUGAGCAAAGAGCAAGAUGAGAGGGACGAGGUUACACCGCUUGUUGGCGCGGUCAGGACAAGAAGAUUGGGUAUCGUGAAAUUAGCCUACGAAAGAGGACCGACCCGUCCCUUCUUGAGACAUAACCCGGGGAAGCUGUAUUCGCCUUCGGCAUACGCUGGAGCUCUUGGCACUGGUAGCAGGUCCCGUGCAGUCUUGGAUUACCUAGAUGGUAUUAUAGACAACGAAUUUAGCGACCCUCAAACACUACCUAGGGCAGAAAGUGAUACCCAUGCCGACAUGGCACGCAAGAUCAUGGAAGCUAUGUCAGAUCUCCUGCACUGGGGUGAAUGUUUCUUCUGGGAUGAAUGUUUUUUCGGUGAUUCUUUUGGGGUCAGGUUCGACCUCAUCAAUCAAAUCGCGUUGCACAUUCUUCCAUUGGCAGGGGCUGAUUUGAAUUCUGUUCGAAUCUGCGAGCUUGUCGAAAAGGCUCGAAAUAUUUUUCCAGACAAGCAGGCUAUGCCCUCUAAGAAGCAGAAACUCACCGAGGCGCUGAAAGUUUUUCCUCGAGAUGAAUGCGAGAUUUCUUUGUGGACACAACGACCUUUGUAUGGGAUGAAUGUCAUGCUUCACAGCGCUAAUGGUAAGAUGAAAGACAAGCUCAUUCAGCUCACGUGUGGUAUUUCUGCUGCAGGAGAAGCCCUUCCAGAUACAGGUGAUGAGCUCAUUGAGCGCAUAUCAGAUAGGCUCGGACCGGGUCCUUAUCGUACAAUGUGGGCGGUUGUUCAGGCCAUAAAAUAUCUUGAGUCUACAGAGAAAGCAGAAGAAGGAGGGUGGACUGGUUCCUAUGAGUCAUGUCAGCUAGAGAAGGCUAUACUACGUCUUCUGCGCACGGUUAGGGAAGAGAGUGAUCCUGAAAGGAGAGCCCUUUUCUUGGAGACGUUGGAGGCGGUCAUUCAACAUCACAUAACGGAUCGGCUAGACAUGGAGAAUAAUGCUGAGCUUGAUCGAGCCGGAACGAUAUACAAAGUACCUCCUGGAGUUGAGGAGAGGUCAAGGAAGCUCACAGAGACUUUGCACCUUUUUUAUCAGCUGGCAAGGGAAAAUAUUGAUGAUAAGCAGAUGGACCGACUUAUGCUGGUCAUUUCGCGUCUGCUUCGAUUCUAG